AACAAAUUUACUAAAUUCUCUAUCAGUCAGUUACGGUGGAUCGGCCGCGGUGGUAGCAUACAUCCUGAAGUAGUGGUUGGCCAUUAGUGUCCAGGGAACGAUAAUCAUCUUAAGACAUGGAUAAUAUUAACAAAUCGUGGUGAAACUUCAGUUAGGUUCAGUGAACAAUUCUCAAAUCAGAAACAAAGAUAAUUGAAUAAUAAACGAAAACGAAGUGAUUAUUUUUUAGUGCAUUUUUGAACCAAAUAGCAAUAGAAGUGUAUACCUAACUUCACAAGAAAUGUCGGCAACUGUAGCUGCAGCGGAGCAAUUGACGGCGAAUGCGAAUAUCGCUUCGCCGAUAAAUGUGUUCUAUUUCCUACUUGUGCCCGCCUUACUACUGUGGGUGUUUUAUUGGAGAUUAUCCCGGCGGCAUAUGCUGGAGAUGGCAGAAAAAAUACCAGGACCUCCAGGAUUACCGAUCGUUGGCAAUGCAUUGGAACUGAUUGGAACUUCGCACUCCGUGUUUCGAAAUGUAAUCGAAAAAGGAAAGGACUUUAAUCAAGUGAUCAAAAUCUGGAUCGGACCAAAAUUGAUUGUCUUCCUUGUGGAUCCACGAGAUGUAGAACUUCUGCUCAGUAGUCACGUGUACAUUGAUAAAUCACCAGAAUAUCGCUUCUUCAAACCAUGGCUGGGAAAUGGCCUGCUGAUCAGUACAGGACACAAAUGGCGCCAACACCGGAAACUAAUUGCCCCUACCUUCCAUCUCAAUGUGCUCAAGAGUUUCAUCGAUCUUUUUAACGAAAAUUCGCGACUAGUUGUUGACAAAAUGCGUAAGGAAGCUGGCAAAACAUUUGACUGUCACGAUUACAUGAGUGAAUGUACAGUGGAGAUCCUACUCGAAACCGCAAUGGGCGUUUCAAAGAAAACUCAGGAUCAAUCGGGAUACGAUUAUGCAAUGGCCGUUAUGAAAAUGUGUGAUAUUUUGCAUUUGCGUCAUCGGAAGAUGUGGCUGUACCCUGACAUCUUUUUCAACAUGUCCCAAUACGCAAAACGACAAGUCAAGCUGCUCGAUACCAUACAUAGUUUGACGCGCAAAGUCAUCCGCAACAAAAAGGCUGCUUUCGAAACAGGAACACGUGGGUCUUUGGCUACAACAUCAAUCAAAACAGCCGAUUAUGAAAAACCUAAAAAUACUGCCAAUCUUAACACCGUGGAAGGACUUUCAUUUGGACAGUCAGCAAAUUUAAAAGAUGAUUUGGAUGUUGAAGAAAAUGAUGUUGGGGAGAAAAAGAGAUUGGCAUUCCUUGAUUUACUAUUGGAAAGUGCGGAAAACGGUGCACUUAUUUCAGACGAAGAAAUAAAAAAUCAGGUUGAUACAAUAAUGUUUGAAGGACAUGAUACAACAGCCGCUGGCAGCAGUUUCUUCUUAUCGAUGAUGGGAAUCCAUCAACACAUUCAAGACAAAGUGAUCCAAGAACUGGACAGCAUUUUUGGUGAUUCCGAUCGUCCCGCCACAUUCCAAGAUACAUUAGAAAUGAAGUAUCUUGAACGUUGUCUGAUGGAAACCCUGCGAAUGUACCCACCAGUUCCAAUUAUAGCACGAUCGCUCAAGCAAGAUUUGAAACUUGCUUCUAGUGAUUUGAUUGUGCCAUCUGGAGCUACCAUCGUUGUCGCUACCUACAAAUUGCAUAGAUUGGAAUCGAUCUACCCUAAUCCCAACGUCUUUGAUCCAGACAACUUCCUACCAGAAAGACAAGCUAAUCGACACUACUACGCUUUUGUACCAUUCUCCGCCGGACCAAGAAGUUGCGUGGGUAGAAAAUAUGCAAUGCUAAAAUUGAAGGUCAUACUCUCGACUAUCCUGCGUAAUUUCCGUGUUAUUUCGGAUUUGAAGGAGGAGGAUUUCAAACUGCAGGCUGACAUCAUUUUGAAACGAGAGGAAGGUUUUCAGGUGCGCCUACAGCCACGAGAACGCAAGGCCAAAACUGCAAAAGCCUAAAGCAGCGAUUGAUCAAUAGUCUAACCUAACCGAAAAGUGAACUUAAGCUUCAGGAGUGUGAACACCUGGAAUAUUCAUAGUUAUGAUGAUAGAAGAAAUCUGAGAGCAAUCUGAUACAUACGCAAUACGAUGAUAUUUAAUAAUUUUAAUAUACAUAAGACAUAGUUUUAAAAGUAAGGGGAAUAGAACUUAUGUUGUUUAAAUAGUCUCUUUUAACAUUAUUAAGCUUGUAUGUGUGUGAUGAAAUUCCA